AUGGCUCGAGACAAGAAAUCAAAGAGACAACUCAUCCGCGACGAGAAGAAGGCCAAGAAGCGGCAGCGAGAGGUCGAGAAUGACGAGACAAAACAAGAGAGAAAGCGCCAGCGCGCCGAGGCGGCAGAGGCCGAUGGCGGCCACGGCGCUGCCGGCGACGACGAGGACUACAACGGUGUCGCGGAACACAUGCAACACCUCGGUGGCGGCGGUGGUCCAUCAGCAGAGCCAGAGCGUGAGUUCUUUGGCAUGCUGACCGACGAAGAGCAAGAAUACUUUCGCAGCGCCGACGAGAAGCUCGAGACCAACGACUUCGAAUCCGACGAGGACAGGGGAUACUUCCUCCAGAGCAUAUACACCGAGGCAGUAGGCAAGGAGCUGAAGCUCGCGAGCAGCCAGUCCUGCUCGAGGCUGAUGGAGAGGCUGAUACUGCUGAGCAAUACGAAGCAGAAGAAGCGCCUGUUCGAGGCCUUCGCUGAUCAUUUCGUCUCCCUGGUGACCCAUCGAUUCGCGAGUCACUGCUGUGAGAAAUUGUUCAUACAGUCUGCACCUGUGGUAACCAGGGAGCUGAGCGGCAAUAUUGAAGAGGAGGAACCCCAAGAGAACCAGGUCCAGGGCGAGGCCGAGGCCGAGGCCGAACAGACCGGGACGAAGGCAUCGAUGGAGAGUCUGUUCCUGUACACGCUGGACGAGCUCGAAGCUCACCUGUCCUACUUGCUGUCUGACAGAUUUGGGUCGCAUGCCCUCCGUGUACUACUUGUGGUCCUGUCCGGGCGACCGCUGGACCAGGUCUCGACCAAGUCCCUGCUGCAGAGCAAGAGAAAAGAGCACAUCUCCGUGCAGGGCGGACGGGCCGAGACGGAUGAGAUGACCGGGCAGACCAGGGUGGUGCCAGAGUCGUUCACUAUGGCAACCCAAAUGAUCCUAGAGAGCACGACUGCGGCUAUGGAUCCUACCGCCCUCCGAGUACUGGCGACGCACCCAACAGGCAACCCGGUGCUGCAGUUACUGGUGGACCUGGACAUAUCAUUGAACGGCAAAGACAAGGAGAAGAGGGACCGACUCCUUAUUCUGAAGCUCCUACCGGGCGCCCCCGAGAGCCUGAGCGAUAACUCGACGCCGGCCUCGGACUUUGUCAACUCGAUGAUAUAUGACCCAAUCGGAUCGAGGCUCCUGGAGACGAUCGUGACCCAUGCGCCGGCCAAGAUCUUCAAGGCCCUCAACGCGAAUUUCUUCAGCCCGAGGAUACAUACAUACCUGCGAAACGACAUAGCCUGCUACCCGGCGAUCAAGGCGCUGAACCGAAUGAGCAGGGACGACGUUGCCGAGUCUGCCCGGAAGAUGGUACAGGAAAUCCCAAAAGUCGUCGCGGCAAAACGGUACAACGUGUUGAAAGCACUCUUCGAGCGGUGCCAGGUGCGGCAAGCCGCCGAAGAGAUCGAGGCGUUGCUAGAGGCCGUGUGCACAGCGUAUGGCUCGCAGGACGGCCUCAACCUGAUCCCCAAGCUCUGCGGCCUGGACGACGAACCUGCCUCUAAAGACGACGACCAAGCAAAGAAGUUCCAGCCAUCACUACAAAGCGACAAGCAAAAGGCGGCCGCCGUGUCACACGGCUGCCAGCUAGCCUCGGCCCUCGUCAGCAUCCCCGGCUCACCAGCGAGAGCGGUGCAAAAGUCGAUACUGUCGCUCCCCACGGCCCAGCUGGUGCACCUUGCGACGUCGACGACGCCGUCCAUGAUCGUGGUUAAGACGGCGCUGUCGGCGCCGGCCGAAGUGCCCAACUUCCACAAGGCGCUCGUGACCAAGCUGACACCUAGCGUGAUGGACUUGGCACAGUCGCAGAUCGGGCACAACGUGGUCAACGCCGUGGUGGGGAUCCCGUCCAAGGCGGCCGGAGCGGAGGCACAGGCCGCGGUGGUGCCCUUCCACCUCAAGGAGAGGAUCAUGUCCACGCUCGGGGCGGGCGAGAAGGGCCUACGGGAGAGCUGGACGGGCAGGAGCGUGUGGCGGACAUGGAAAGGCGACCAGUGGAAGUUCAGGAGGAGCGACUGGGUGCGGUUCGUGAAGGAGGUCGACCCCGAGGUAAAGCCCGAGGAGAAGCUGUGGAACAGGGUGGCGGACAAGGAGAAGAAGGGCAAGGGCAAGAAGAACAGGGCGGGCAAGGACAGGUCGGCUGGCAAGGACGAGGAUGGAGAAUAG